GAAAUCAAAGGCUAUUUCAAUAUUACAUAUCUAACAAUUUUCAGUGACGUCAUUUGAUGAACCAAUCAAAUGGAGCGUAACGGAUAGGAAACGUCAAAAAGGAAACGGCAGAAUUCGAAACGAUUGUAACGCUUUUGGAACUUAGCAACAACCUGUUUGUUUUGCAUGCGACCACCAUACAUCGUCCAGUUCUCAACCACGGGGUCCAAACCAACUGCGUUGCUCGGUAAGGCGUCAACAGGCCAAAGUGACGUCACCGAGACUAUGGACGACCCCACAAAUAGGGCUGACAACAGUAGUCGCCAGUCAUCCACAUCAUCCCACCCGAUCAGCCCCUCUCCCCAGCCAGUCUGUGGCAUUUGUCAUGGGAAGUUCUGGAACCCUAAAGGCCUGAAUUGUUUUCACACCUUCUGUAGAGACUGCCUGCAGCAAAAUGCUCGCAUCAGGGGUCAGCCUGCACGGAUAACUUGUCCCACUUGUCUAGAUGAAUUCUUGCUUCCUGAAAAUGGCAUUGAAGGUUUACCAGUCAACAUCUUCCUGGAUCCGAUUAGGAAAGCCAAGGAGCUGGCAGCUUUUAAUGCCAACUUGUACAAAGCAAAAAUGAAGACCAGAUACAAUUGUGCUGAUCACUGCAGCAAGUUAGAAUGCCAGCAAAGCUCCCCUUCAGAUCUCACAGAUUUGGAAACCCUUGUACAGAGCUGUAGGGCAAAGCUGCAAGAAAGACACCUGGUGAUGAAGAAACUCAAUCAGCAUGGCAUAGAGAUGAAACACAACAUGCUAGAAAUAAAGCAGCAAGUAAAGGACUUUGUACAGCAAAUCAUCUCAGACUUAAACCAUGAAGAACUAAGGCUGAUGAAUGAUCUGGACAGCAGAUAUAGGAAGAAUGAGUCAGCAUUAUCAAAGGCAAAAGUGUCAAUAGAGAGAACCAAUGACUUCCUGCAAGAAGCCUGCAACAAUGCAGAGAAGCUUUGUGGUGAUUGUCCCAAUGCCAACACAAUAUGCCUCAGUCAAAUGGAACUGUCAGACUUACUAGCGGAAUUGUCAAAACCGUUUAACAUAGAAGAAUUCCACUUCCUUCCCAUCACUCAGAACAUCAUGGUCAAAGGACUUGGCAGUAUUGUUACCAGCCCAAAACAAAUUCCUACUGAUGAGUUAAAAGCUAUUCAUUAUGGUGGAUUCCUAACCAAUGACACUACAGUGAAGAAAGCACAGACCACAGUCACCAAAAACAGCAAUGGUAGCAGUUCUAAGGUGUUGGUGACCAAUGUAUGCAAUCCAGAUGUCAAGUCAAACCAUGUAUCAGGGAAAGAAAAGAAGAUGCUAGACCAGAAUAGGAAGACAUCUGAUGAGACCAUUCCCCAUAAGACAUAUGAUGAGACCAUUCCCCGGAAGACUGCUGAUGAGACCAUUCCCCAUAAGACCCGGAAGACAGCUGAUGAGACCAUUCCCCAGAAGACAGCUGAUGGGACCAUUCCCCAUAAGACCCGGAAGACAGCUGAUGAGACCAUUCCCCGGAAGACAGCUGAUGAGACCAUUCCCCAGAAGACAGCUGAUGAGACCAUUCCCCAUAAGACAUCUGAUGAGACCAUUCCCCGGAAGACUGCUGAUGAGACCAUUCCCCAUAAGACCCGGAAGACAGCUGAUGAGACCAUUCCCCAGAAGACAGCUGAUGGGACCAUUCCCCAGAAGACCCGGAAGACAGCUGAUGAGACCAUUCCCCAGAAGACAGCUGAUGAGACCAUUCCCCAUAAGACAUCUGAUGAGACCAUUCCCCAAAAGACAGCUGAUGAGACUAUUCCCCAGAAGACAGCUGAUGAAACAAUUGCCCUGAAGACAGCUGACAAGACCAGGCUAUAG